CAACUGUCAAACGGGAUGUUUCGCUAGUGAACUUACUUCCUAUCUGUAUCGAAAAACAGGACAAAAGAAGCCAAGAUUGGGUGAUCUACUGACGUGAAAGCGUUUCGGACGCAUCCGGAUACAAGGCUGGCCAGCUGCUCCAUUCUUGUGGUGUGACAUAUUUAUCAUCAGCUACACUACGCACACUUUGCAUCAGUUUUAUUCUUUAAUUGUUGCUGUAGUGAGCUGCAAGUCACACAUUGCAGGAAUGGAUACGUCGGGCUUGCCUGUACCGGAUGCAAUCCACCCGUUGCUUGAACAAUUGCAAGAAGCAUUGCUCCUUGAAGUUAAAUAUCAGCCUAACCUUCAGCUACCUAAUAUAUCACAGAAUGAUGAAAUAACAAUCGGAGCCCGGGAUGGAUCAGCCCACGUUUUAAGAUGUUUAAAAGUAUGGUAUGACUUACCAUCGGACGUAUUUUUCGUUGCCAUCAAUUUAAUGGAUCGGUUCUUAACGAAAAUGAAAGCAAGACCAAAGCACAUGGCUUGUAUCAGCGUGUCUGCGUUCCAUAUAGCCGCUGUCCAAUUGGCGCAGUCGCUAGACGCUGAUCAUUUGGUCUCCAUAUCGCAGUGCAAGUGCACCGGCGGCGAUCUUAAACGCAUGUCGGAAGUAAUACGGAAUAAGUUAGAAUGGGCGCCUGGUACUCAACCCGUUACGUCGUUAACUUUCCUUCGAUUGUUCAACGCGAUGUUCCUUGCUGUUGCAACACAGCUAGGACUCGGAGAAGUGUAUACUGCUAUCGUUACGGAAUCCGAGCUUCUCCUCAGGCUAGAGAUGAUUGCCUGUGACGGUAACUGUGCAAGCUUGAGGUCUUCGGAAGUGGCGCUCGUCUUGCUUUGCACGUAUUUAGAUGGUGUAGUGAAUCGAUUAGAUACUAAUGCAGAAACUCCCGCAUCUACAACACCUAGUUCCUCUACUAUCAAUAUAUCUGUAACGUCAAAACAGCAGAUGUUUCGACUACUGGAGUUUUCUAUAGACCUUCAGAAAAUAUGUAAGAUUUCAGACACAAGCUUUUUUUCAACACACGAGGCUGUGGGCACCGUGUUGAGCAAGUACAAUGCUCAAGAGCAGACGCCACACAGACAAAGACUGAUAUGGAGAUUAUCCUCUCGCACGGCACGCCUUUUACGUCCAACUGACAAAUUUAUUUCAGUGUUACCUGCAAUCGCCGAACACGCUCCGGUUCCCUCGCCGAGUAAAAUUAGAAAAAAUCGAAAGUUCAGCCGACGUCAUGGAAACAAGAGACGUUGAACGGCAGUAUCGGGGCCUUAACGUGCUGGAUCGGAGAUUCAAUAAAUGUUAACAACAAGCAAAAAAAGAAAUGAAUUGAAUUAGAAAGAAAGUUUUGUUAGAAGUUUAAUAGAAAGUACAAAUAUCAAUGUACAUAUUUACGUCGUACGAUAAAGUUUUAGAUGCCGUCUUUUACAUAAAAGGGGAAGCAUAUAUUUCGAUGCAGUAUUUAAGUUCGUACUACAAGUCAGAAAAGAAACAUACGUAUUUCUUUCUUUCAAUUGUACUAUAUUUUACGUAACGAAGAAUCGUACUUUCAAGGCUUUUUCAGUUCAUUAUGUAUAAUAUGCAAAGAAAAGCAUAAAUUAGGCUGAGCGAGGUCGUAUGAUUAAUGUGAUACAAUGUCCAUGGUAAUUUGUACGUUACGAAUAGAAUAAAAAUAUAUAUGCGUACGUCUGCGACACGCGUUGAAAACAUAAAAAGAUAUCGGUUAUACGUAAAUACAGAUAUAAAAGUUAAAAAUUAUUUAAAAAGAAGUAAAUUAUGGAGGGCGAAGAAAUUAUUCGAGUGAUCAAAAUGUUAAUUAAAUUUUAAUGCUAAAGACUGUGUGCAAGACACUCAAAUCACUACUAUCAUGUUUUUUCGCGAGAUUGUAUUUAUGAAUUGUUUAUGAGGUGUAUGAAUGAAUGUAAAUAAGGUAAUCUGUUAGACGAUCUGACAGUACCUCAAUCAUGGAUUAAAAAAAGAAGCUGCAAUCAUGUUGCAUUUAUAUUAAGUCUGAUGAUUCAACGUUUUGUACCCGCAAUAGUUUUUUUUAACGCUGCAAUCUUGAUCUAUAAAUUUUAUUUAAUUCGUUAUCAAAUUGCUCGAUAGUAAUUAGUGGAAUCUCAAAAAGCAGCUUUCGAUGUAGAUCGUGUUUAGCAUCGUUCAAUGUUAAAUGGAAGUCAGUAUAAUUUUUUUGUAGCCAACAUGUCGAAACCGCAUUGUAUGAAUGAAUGCAAUUAAGAGCGCUGAAGAUUAUUAAUCUAAUCUUUGAAAUGUUUGGAAUAAAGCUUUUCUUGAGCGAACGAGUAAAACCAAUGGGAAGAAAUAUCAGCUGUGAAAGUAUAAAUAAUAUGUGUAAAAUUAAUUUAAGGUAUACAUAGUAUUACACAAAAAAAGCCACGAAGUUUGUGAUAAGAUUUUUUACUAACGAGUCUUUGGAUGUGGCUAACGAAGUACUAAAAGCGAGAGCGAAGUAAUUUUGAGCAUUUAAGAAUCAAAUUUUUUGCCCGCAAUUCGUCACUGUAUACAUGUUCCAUGUGUUGGAUUUUGACGCUAAAACGCAUAAAAGAAACAAAGAAUACUCGAAAUCAUGUAUAAAUAUUUUGUUCUGCACAGCAGUAGUUCGUAAUUGUGUACUAUAUUAAAUAGAAACGAAAGAAUUA